AUGUCUUUAACGGGUGUGAAAAUGUCCGAGGACGUUUGGUUGACAUGUCUCACUCAUGCAUUGUCCACCGAGACCGAGGAGAUCAUGGGCCUCCUUCUUGGUGAUAUUGAGAACUCUGUAAAUGGGGGUGUGACUGCACUAAUUUGGGGAGCAUCACCUCAAACACGAUCUGAUCGGAGGAAGGACCGUGUGGAGACUAAUCCUGAGCAGUUGGCUGCUGCAUCAGCCCAGGCCGAAAUAUCCUUGAUGCUUUAUUUUUUUAUAAAUAUUUGA